AUGAAAGCUUUCAGCCCCGUCCGAUCCGUCAGGAAAGGCAGCCUAACGGAGCACAGCCUGGGCAUCUCCCGGAGCAAAACCCCGGUGGACGAUCCGAUGAGCCUUCUGUACAACAUGAACGACUGCUACUCCAAGCUGAAGGAGCUGGUGCCCAGCAUCCCCCAGAACAAGAAAGUCAGCAAGAUGGAAAUCCUCCAGCAUGUCAUCGAUUACAUCCUGGACCUGCAGAUCGCCCUGGACUCCCACCCCAGCAUCGUCAGUCUGCACCACCCGAGGAUGGGCACCUCCUCCACCACCAGGACCCCACUCACCACCCUCAACACAGACAUCAGCAUCCUGACACUGCAGGCGUCUGAUUUAUCGGCAGAGUUUAUCACGAAUGACAGCAAAGCUCUUUGUCCUUAA